UUGUCUUCUAACAUACGGAGGCAUGUGUAAAGAAAAAGGUGGCUGUGAAAAGUGUUUUGGGAUUCUUGGAACAAAGAGGGGUGGUAUUAAUUGGUGGUAGCACAAUAUUUAUUAUAUAUGACCCCAAAUUGAGACGUAAAAUAUCAAGUCAUUCUUAGCCAAAGUUUGACGCAUGUAAGCUUAUUCAGAUAAUCUAUUUGCGAGGUGUGAAAUAGUUUAAUCUCUUCAGUUUUAAAUAUAGUUUCUGGGUGGAGUUGGACUCUUUAACGUAGAAGCUACUCAAGAGACCAUCUGCUGGUCAGUUUGACGUUGCAGACUUGCUAAUGACGCAUUCAUGGGGACAAGUAACUUUCUUUCCAAGGUUUUAAUCACUUACAUUUUAGGAUUGUUAUCUUCCCCGUCAAUUUGAAGACGAUGCCUUUCUUUGGUACAGCUGAGAAAUGAUCAAGAAAACUUCAAUGUAUAGCCAUCUAUUCAUCACCCCAUGGACCCAGAAGCUCAAAAAGAGAUCAGAGAAGAUUAUGAUGACAAGCAGGUGGUCGCAGAGAUCAUGGCAAGAUGUUUCAUUCCCACUCUGAUAACAACCACUCCCUGGGAAGGUUUUCGUUUUGUUGGUCAUGAGAUUCGGAUUACUGAAGCCACAGAUUGUUAUGGAGCUGUCGUUUGGCCAUCGGCCCUUGUUUUAUGCUACUUCCUGGAAACAAACACAAAGCAGUACAGUAUGGCUGACAAAAACGUGAUUGAAAUCGGAGCCGGGACAGGGCUGGUCUCCAUUGUGGCAAGUUUACUCGGUGCUCAUGUGACUGCCACAGAUUUACCUGAAUUACUUGGAAACCUGCAGUAUAACAUUUCCCACAACACCAAAACGAAGAGCAAGCACUUGCCUCAGGUGAAAGAACUCUCCUGGGGAGUAGCUUUAGAUAAAAACUUCCCCAGGUCUGGCAAUAAUUUUGACUAUAUCCUGGCGGCAGAUGUGGUCUAUGCUCAUCCUUUCUUGGAAGAACUCCUUGUUACCUUUGACCAUCUGUGCAGAGAAACCACUAUCAUCCUCUGGGUCAUGAAAUUCAGGUUGGAGAAAGAAAAUAAAUUUGUAGAUAGAUUUAAGGAGUUGUUUGACCUGGAGGAAAUUUCCAGUUUUCCUAGCCUGAGUAUUAAGUUAUAUAAAGCUAUGAAGAAAAAUGAAAGGAGCGCUUGAUGCCCCAGCCAAGGGCAUGGAAGUGCUAAGGCGAUUUCCAGCCAAUUAUCACUGUAAAGAAAAUCCUGAUAAUUGGAUAUACCUGACUUUCCCCUGUGGAAACACACACACACACA